GGGGCGAGCCGGGCCCGGCGCGCACAUGGCGCUGCGGAGCCGCCGGCGGAGACCGGCUCCAGCCGGUAUAUAAGGGCUGGGAGCGAGCGCAGAGCAGCCGCCGCCGCGGGCAGCGGGAGCAGCAGCGGCCGGAGGCCGGCGGGCAGCGGGGCCGCCUUCUCUCGCCGCCCCGCCGCCGAGGGUCGCCCGCCCGCCCUGCCCCGGCCAUGGGCAGCCCCUAGCCCCGCCGCAGCACCCAGCGCCGCCCGCUGGCGGCCCCGGCGCCCGCCGAGGAGCCGGUGCGGCGGUGGCGAUGCAGAAAUCAGAUCAAAAAAUGACUGUCAAAGCUGUAAAAAUGCCGUGCACGGCUCCAAAUGUUUAUACUAAAGUGCCUGACGGAGGAUGGGGUUGGACAAUUGCUUUUGCUUUCUUCUUUGUGGAAGCUCUAACAUACGGCAUUAUAAAAUCAUUUGGUGUCUUCUUUAAUGACCUGAUGGAAAGCUUUGAUGAAACCAAUAGCAGGAUAUCCUGGAUAAUAUCCAUAUGUGUGUUUGUACAGACUUUCACAGCUCCUCUGUCAACGGUCCUCAGCAAUCGCUUCGGUCACCGCUUCGUGGUGAUGGCCGGAGGGGUGCUGAUCAGCACCGGCAUGGUCACCGCCUCCUUUGCCCGCACUGUUGUGGACAUGUAUGUCACCAUCGGUGUCAUCUCUGGCCUUGGAUACUGCCUCUCUUUCCUCCCGACUGUCACCAUUUUAUCACAGUAUUUUGACAAAAGACGUUCGCUGGUCACAGCAGUGGCAUCUACAGGAGAAUGUUUUGCUGUUUUCUCCUUUGCACCAGCAAUUACUGCUUUGAAGGAGCAGAUUGGCUGGAGAUACAGCCUCCUUUCUGUCGGGGUGCUACAGCUAAGCAUCGUCAUCUGUGGAUCACUGCUGCGACCCAUUAUCAUCAAAGAGCAAGAAGAAGUGAAAGCACAGCCUCCAGAAGAGCCCACGGAGACAAAGUACAUGCUUGAAAAUGAGCAAACACGCACCUCAAUAGAGUCCAUAGACUCAGGAGUAGAAAUAACUACCUCACCCAGCAAUGUGCCUGGAAAAACCAAAGCAGAGCCGAAAAGUGAAGAACCAAAGGAACACGUACAGAUACUUGUUGAAAAUAACAGCACCCCUCCAGAACCAAAAACCAAACUACUGGACUUCUCUGUGAUGAAAGACUAUAGCUUUAUCUGUUAUGCAUUCUUUGGCCUGUUCGCUACCCUGGGCUUCUUCGCUCCCUCCCUCUACAUCAUUCCCCUGAGUCUCAGCCUUGGCAUCAGCAAAGACCACUCUGCGUACAUACUGUCCGCCAUGGCCAUCGCAGAGGUCUUUGGAAGAAUUUCAGCUGGCUGGGUUCUCAACAAAAAGCCUAUCCGCAAAAUCUACAUCGAACUCAUCUGCGUUGUUCUGCUGUCUGUAGCGUUGUUUGCCUUCCCUUUUGCCUCCGAAUUCUGGGGCUUGAUGACAUGUAGCAUAUUUUUCGGGUUCAUGCUCGGAACGGUAGCGGGCACGCAUAUUCCCCUCCUGGCAGAAGACGACGUGGUUGGCAUCGCAAAGAUGUCUUCUGCGGCUGGAGUCUACGUCUUCAUUCAAAGCUUAGCUGGGUUGGCCGGACCACCCCUUGCAGGUGUCUUAGUGGAUACGACGCAGAACUACAGCUCAGCCUUUUACUCCUGUGCUGCUGGCAUGGUCCUGGGUGCUGUGUUUCUGUCCCUGGUGAGACCGUGCAAGGCUGGGCUGUGCCACCGCCAGCAGCCGUGCGCAGAGGAGAGCGCGGCGGAGGUCGUCGUACCAGACUUACCAGAUGACUUUAUUGAAAUGGAUAUUGGAAAAGCAGAAAAUUCAGGAAAAGGCUGUGAGAGCAUGGCAUAAAAUCGCUGUUCCUUCUCCAUCUAAUGUACUCGGCGUGAGACUGGGGAAACCAUCAGCUCUGCUCCACAUUUUAAAACUACAUUCUAAAGGGAAUGUGAAAUUUUAAAUGUGAACAGUUGCUACCAACAACUUUUUUAUUACUAUUAGAAAGAACUUUUUUAACCAACAAUGGAAAGCUCCAUAGAAAAUACUGAUAGCCACAUAAGAAUAACUUGUCUAGCAUGAAGAUGUGAUGCACACUCCUGCUUUCCUGAUACCAAGCAUAGCUAAAGGUUCAACGGAUCCCAGAAAAACUGAGAACAGCAACAGCAGAAGCAGCUCAGCCUCUGACUGUCCUCACCCGUCCCCUACCGAAACUCCACGCAGUCAAGAAACCAAUGAUACGAACUGGAGACGAGCGUUUCCUACACCACCAGUAGCCAACUGCAUCAUCUUCUGGAAGAAUAUGGACUCGUGUGUUAGAUUUGAGGAGGAGGCUAGGCUAGAUAGCUGACUUAAACCAUUGCUAAUGUUCUUCUAAUUAACUUGAACGUCACAAAUGCUGGGAAAUUGGAGGCUCCAUAUGUCUUUAUGGCCAGUUAUUACUGCACAUACUUCAUAAGAUAAUUUUUCUUCUCCCGAUUGGUAUCCUGAGAACUGUUUUCUAUUGAUAGUACUGUUUCUAAUUUAACUAGUAUUUAUUAAUUUAUUCUAAGAUUGUUAAAAGAGGUUAGGUUAAAUAACUGGAGAGGAAAAAUCAUCUUUUGCAUAAUGGAAAGCUGUCUUUACAUCAAUCUCUUCAAUACCUAUCUUGUAUUGCUAGCUUGUGAAGUUGUUGGGAAACUUACUCUUACAGCAUAAAGUGUAGCUGUUUUUAAUAGGUAGGUCUUAGGUAACCCAGUUGUUAUUUAAAAAGGAAAAAAAAAAAAAUAAUAAACUACAGCUCCAGCAUCACUUUCCGAAAGGCCUCAGCUGGUGUCAAUGGACCUAGCUCCGCUGCCGUAACCAGCCCACCCCGCAGGGAGGAUUUGGCCCAGUAUGUCUUAAUGUACCGAAACCUUUUGCUUACAGGUGCACAAGGAAAUCUUUGCUGCGUCACCGAAGGAACGGGGGAAGCCUCACGUUCCCCACCCCCUCGCUCUGUCUGCUCCCCGCAUCCCCCACCGGCGGGGGCACGGGGCGGCUGCUCUGAGCCGUACCCCCUUCCCUGGCUCCCCCAAAGUCAGCGAGAGGUUUGUUGGUUGGUUGUUUUCUUUUUUUUUGCUGCUGAACUGGAGCCUGUGCACGUUGAAGGUGUGACGGGAGCGGUAGAAGAUAAUGUACUAGCUGUUCGUUUAGUCUUAAUGGGAGAGUCCCACUCAUGGUGACACAAGCUUGCUUACCCCACCUAUGUGCAUCGUAACGCCUCUAGGCAACUCAGGGGGACAAAUAAAACAAGUGUUCAGGUGUGGGGGAAAAACCCAAACCACUAUUUCUGUGUAUUUCAGUGGAAGUGGCAUCAUGCAUUAAGUGCUAUGCUGACCUGUCUGUAUCUUACCAGCCAUAGAAAUGUGGGACAAUCUGUAAAAAAAAAACAAAAAAAACAAAAAAAAAAACC